AUGGUGUCAAGCAACCCACAACCCACAAAAUGGACAAACACAAACAUUGAACAGCAAAAUCACAAACAAGGACAGAAUCUAGAAACAUUUGUUCUCUUAUGGCUCGAUCAGAAUGUGAAUAAAAGCAAAGACAGUUUAGAAACACAAACACAAUUGCGACGAUCCAUCAACUGUUUACUGACAUUUGAAAGUGGAAAUGAAUGUGAAGAACAUAUUGGAGAAAGCAAAGAUGAAAAGAUUGUUCUAAUCGUGUCUGGCCGAUUAGGCAGAGAGAUUGUCCCGAGUGUUCACGAUUUACCCCAGUUAAGCGCCAUUUACGUCUACUGCAUGGACAAAAUAACGAAUGAAAGAUGGGCAAAAUCUUAUAACAAGCAUCUGUACCAACCGUCAUCAUCAUCACGAACAACAGCGUCAACAGAAGUUGCUCAUCGUAAAUUUAUUGUUAAAACAUUAAAUUUAUGGUAUAAAAGAAAUAAACAUUUAUUAAAAGUAGAUGAUCCCCAAGUAAAUUGCAAAAAAGCUCAUGUAUUACCGCUAACAAAUAUUAAAGUUUAUGAAUUAGCCGGUGAAGAUGUUUUAAAGAUACAAUCCAUACAUCCUGUUCCACCAUUAUUACGUACAGAAAGUGUAUUUGAAUUAUUUCAUUAUGAUUGUAUUCAGAUAAAUUUUAUUAAUUUAAAACGAAACUCAUAUUUGUAUCGUAAGGGCAGACGAUAUUUCAAUUCUUAUGUUAAAAGUUCAUCUCAAAAUAUAUUGGAUAUAUUAGAUAUAGAUCCAAAAGCUCAAUCAGCCUUCGUUUAUUUACAAUUAUUCAAUUAUAUGUUUAAAGCCUAUGUUGAUAAUAAUCGAAAUAUUUUGAAUCGAUUAUAUUAUGCAUGGAUUGUAAUAUUUGUUUACAGAUUUUGGUGGCUUUGGUUGAAAUUGUAUUUGAUAAAAGAAAAGUUAUCCAGAUCGAAAAAGUAUGAAUAUUUUAUUACAAAAGCUGCUCAAUAUUCUAUCGAAUUAAAUAGUUUUUUGUUUAUUGUUUAUUAUUUUAAUAGUGUUAGGCCAUAA